GCUUUUAAUUUUUUUUAUUAUUUUUACAUAAGUUCCGGGUAGCACGGUUUCCGUUUGGUCCAGGGAAUGUUGAUAGUGGGACACCAUCUGCAUUUGUGCAGAAACUAGCUGUCUCAGACACAUGUUUACUUAUUUCAAGCGUUUUAUCCACAGAACUACACUAACUAACAUAAAUGAGUUGUAAAGGAGACUCAAAUGACUCUCCUUCCAAACGCAAAGUGGUGUAUGUCUAUAGUCCUCAAUACACCGAGACAUGCGACUCGCUAUCAAAAGUCCCCAACCGGGCAAGUAUGGUGCAUUCACUCAUAGAAGCUUAUGGUUUACUUCAACACAUGAGUGUUGUGAAGCCCCGUGUUGCGACCAUUGAGGAGAUGGCCAAGUUCCACACAGACGCCUACCUGGAGCACCUCCAUAAAAUCAGCCAGGAUGGAGACAAUGAUGACCCCCAGUCCGGGGACUUUGGCCUGGGUUAUGACUGCCCGGUGGUGGAGGGUAUCUAUGACUAUGCUGCAGCGGUCGGUGGUGCCACCUUGACGGCUGCCCAGUGCCUGCUGGACAAGAGGGGUGAGGUGGCGAUCAACUGGGCAGGAGGCUGGCACCACGCCAAGAAGGAUGAGGCAUCAGGCUUCUGUUAUGUGAAUGAUGCUGUGCUGGGGAUUCUCAAGCUGAGAGAGAAAUACGAGAGAGUUCUUUAUGUGGAUGUGGACCUUCAUCAUGGAGAUGGUGUGGAAGAUGCCUUCAGUUUUACCUCCAAAGUGAUGACUGUGUCUCUACACAAGUUCUCCCCCGGAUUCUUCCCAGGUACAGGGGACCUGUGUGACACAGGGAUGGGCAAAGGAAGAUGGUACGCUGUCAACGUCCCUCUGGAUGACGGCAUCAAAGACGACAGAUAUUUCCACGUCUUCACCAGUGUGAUGCAGGAAGUGCAGGCGUUGUUUAACCCGGAAGCAGUAGUGAUGCAGCUGGGAGCUGACACCAUGGCCGGGGACCCCAUGUGUUCCUUCAACAUGACUCCUGUAGGGGUGGCCCAGUGUCUUUGCCACGUACUAGACUGGCACCUACCCACACUGCUGUUGGGAGGAGGUGGGUAUAACCUAGCCAACACGGCCCGUUGUUGGACCUACCUGACUGGGGCCGUACUGAGACAAACACUGGCCUCUGAGAUACCUGACCAUGAGUUCUUCACAGAGUACGGUCCUGAUUACUCUCUAGAGAUCAGUCCCAGCUGUCGACCGGACCGCAAUGAGACCAAACAGCUGGACAAGGUCAUCUCCACCAUCAAAGGGAAUUUGAAGAAUGUGGUUUAAGAGCGGAGUCAUGUUUCCAAUCAGGGCCUCCUGGGGUAAUGAACACACACACGCCAGGCUGAUGAAGACCGUAUGUUGGAGCUCCAUCCUUUGCCAACGGGGAGGAGAGGGAGAUGUUGGAGUGUGUGUUGUGGGGGGGUGGAGCAGGAGCAAUGUGGAAAAACAUGACUUGAAUGUUUCCAGGAGGACGUUUUAUUGUAGGGGACGAGGAGGAGGGUAGGGUGCUGAUGUUGCCAGUUUGCUGUUGGUCUGUUUCCGUUUUGUCUUUGUAUAUAUAUUUUUUUUUUAACUGUGGGGAGGAGAUUUGGGUUCGACUAGCCAUGGACCAGACUGAGAAUUUCUGCUCUAAAAAUGGCUUCCAGGGCCCGUAUUCCCACAGGGUCUGAGUAUGAAUGCUGAUCUAGGAUCAGAAUUUGAAGAUUAUUUUUUGUCUUUUAGAUCAUAAUGAAUAAGAUUGCAUGGCCCAUAAUUCCUACCUUGUUCUAUUUUGCUUCUAAAUGUUCAGUUUAGAACCUAGGCUAUGGGUGGGUUUUAAUAUUAGACUUAAAUGUGUACAUAUUUAGGUGUGGGAAACAUUUAGGGUGGGCUAUGUUAAGAUUUGUGCUAAACGAGUAAAGCAGACAUGUCGCGGGCUAGUGUUACCUCUUUAGCUGCUUCCCUGGUGCUGAAUGUUCAUGCCUCCCUGGGGUGAGUUUCCCAAAAACAAAGAUAAUCUUCAGCAUUAAGAUAAUCUUACACCCCAUAUAAGAGUAUCCUGACAAGAACUUUGAUGUUUUAUGAUCUUAGUGCUACAGAUGAUCUUCACUACAUGAGUGCAGUACUUUUCUGGAGCUUUAUAUGGGCAUUUUUCUUAACUGAACAAAAAUAUAAGCGCAACUAUUUCAAAGAUUUUACUGAGAUACAGUUCAUAUAAGGAAAUCAGUCAAUUGAAAUAAAUUAGACCCUAAU